GAUAAUCUGUUAUUAUUGAUCGGAUGUUUCUAUAAAGCCACGGGCGACCGCCUUCACGGCACGUUAUGUAUGAAUGUCUGUCCGCCGCAAGCUUUCUAAGGAAAUAAUCAUUAUAUAUGGGGUACAUAUCCUCUUUGGUUUGGUUUAGCCUGCCUGUGAAAGGUAACCUCAAAAAAUCAAACAGCCACCGAAUGACUUCAGGUACCAUAUUCUGUAAUUAAGUUAAUUGUGUUUUUAGAUGUGGAUUUAGAGCAAGAAUGCUUUGUGCUAAGAUCUUAAACGGAGCUUAUUCUCAUUUGUUCCACUGGAUAGAUUGAAUAAGCUAGCGAGGAAACAAAUCCAUAGUCAAGAAACUUGAUCUUCGCCGCUGUCGUCUACAAGCACUGUGGAUAAAUAAGAGGAUCGUAGUCGUCGACAAUUUGCGGUUUUAGCGGCAGUAACAGCGAUCGAAGCUCUUCAGUGCAUGUCCAAAGAUUGUGGAUUUUGGCAAAUUAUCUCAAGACGCGAGGAACAAACGCUUCAUUCAACUAUGGGCUCAUUGAACCAUGAAUUGCAGCUCCUACAAGGCAAUCAUUUUCCCGAGGACUCCGUGGGAAGUACAGAAACCCAAGUACUUCAAAAAGAGGGACGGAUAUCGCGCAAACUCCUCGUAUUUGCUUUUACGGUAGUGACGACUGGAAUAAUAUGUUUGGUGGUCGGCAUUGCGUUUCUACGUAUGAAAGAAUCGCAAAAUGACAAUUUAUUCUCCGCAACGAUAAACCCAACCGAGAACACACGACCUCAAAAUAACGAGUGCUCGAUUCAAACAUCGGUCACCCCGAAUUUCACCGAAAGUUGCAGCUUCUCGCGGGAGUUCAAAGAAUCAGGUAUUUAACAAGAAUAGCCUUGUUGUUUUAAUUAAUCGUUUGUUAGUACUUUGGAGUGAAAAAAAACACAGACCACCCACUACUACGAACAACCAGGGCUCUAAUCCGCUUUUAUGAGCAAUUGAUUACGUCUUUUACAAUUCAAAUAAAGGCAUCACUUUUGCAAUAACUCUUAACGAAUAGCUCAUGUCGUUUUGGCCAAUUACGUGGUCAAAGGUCAAAGCCAAAAAAGAAUUUUGUGCAAUCGAAAAAUGCGAUAGAUCUUCCGGAUUUUCAAAUUUACGAGAUUGUUUUGAUGAUUUCUGUGAUUUAUAAAUCUUGUCAUCAGAUGAAAAAAAUUAAAUAUUCAUUUUCUGACUGCAAAGAACUCUGUUAAUGGAGAAAAUUGAAAGACUAUUGAAAUGAGGAUAAACUUGUUAUUUUAUAAAUUUUUUAAGGCACUUUUCACAUUUUGUAAACGUUUUUCUAACAAAGAAAUUCAAGAGGAUUAGUUAGGAGCCAUCUAAAAUCACUAAAAUUGAGUACCUCUAGCGAAACAGUCGCUAAUAAAUGCAAAUUUAAUAACCUUUUCAUGUCCUCGAGCAAGAAUGUCAAAAAAAUGAUGAAAAAAUCAACAAAGCAAUGAUUACUUUAUUCGAUGGUCAAAACAAAUUAGCGACUCUCGCUAUGAAGUGUAAUAGUUAAUGAACUCAAACGGAGACCUUUUUUUCACCCUGGAGUUUCAGUGAUUAUACACUGAGGCACGAAUUUUGUAUUUCAGUAAAACUGAUUCCGCAUACAGAAUAUUUUCUUGAUAGCAAACAAAUAAAAGUCGUUGCGUGUUCUAAUAGUUUAUUGAGUUUAUCCUAGGAACUUUGAAUUCAGCGGAUAUUUACGUGACUGAUGAGAGUCAGGAAGAUUUUGCGCAAUCUCUGAAAGCCCGGAGGAAAUCGUCAAAAUUAAAACGGGACUUCAUAAGUUUUGGAGAAAAAAAGCCAAAUUUGUGCCAUUUCAGACUGAAGAAUGACUAAAAAAGCUGGACUUCUCACGAUGACUAUCACCAGAAUAGAACGGAAAGGAAUGGUAAAUGUUCUAACUGUGAAAACCUUUAUUAAAUCGUUGAAAAUUCCGUUCAGCUUAGAAUUAGUUUUUUUUGUCUUUUUUGAAACAGCUAUAAAAGAAAUGAUGGCAUCGCUUUAGCUUUAAGGCCGAGUGACCUGACCUUUCUCUUAAGUGUUUUUGACUGAGAAAAUUUGGUUCAUAAACACAAGAUAAAACUGGGAAAACUGUACUUAGUAAGACAAACAACAGCGUACGGGAAAAAUUGAGCGAUACGCAAAAGCCGAAGCUUUCAUUUCAGUGAUCGUACGAUUUCGUCCUCGUUCCGCGCAGAAUUAGGAAAAAUUUAGUCCCCCAAUACAGCGUAAUAAGCAGCACUAUUCAAAUACAGAAAAGUACUAAAGUAAUAAAGUAGUAAACAGCAUCACAAGAAAAUGUUUCUGAAGAAGUUUUUAUUUGAAUUGUCACAUUUGAAAAUGUUGAUUUUGUCCACACUCUUAAGUUAGAACCACGGCAAAGUACUGCUCAGUAGCUUUCAUUUGAAUAAUUACAUUAAAGUCUUCAUCCACAGAUCGACUCGAAAGUUAGAAAUCAAUUUGCAGAGCAAAGAUAUUUCAAUAUACAGUAUUGUACAAGUACGUACGAUCUUUAAUAGCUUAAAAGGCGUAAUACUGCAGCAAAAAUGAUUGAAUGAAAAUUUUAAAUAAUUCAUAGAGAAAAUUUCUUGAAAAGUAAUUGCAGCUUAAGUAACAUGAAUUAGUUGAAAAACAGUAGGAACAAAAUCUCGUGUUGUACAAAAAUUUAAGCUUCCACUUUUUAAGGCAAAAUUGCGUUGAUUACUUUUCAGGGAGUAAUCACUUACAUUUCACAGCAGCUUAUGUAAUAUAUUGGUAUACAGAAGAAUACGACUCAGUGUGCAUUCUUUAUUCGUUCAUAGCUAUAUAAUGAGCAAUUGAAAGUAAUUGCUGCAGACUUAUUAAUCAAUACCAAAUUACAUGUCGGAAACCGAAAGAUUAAUGGCAGUGGCUGCGCUGCUUCAUGGCGAAAUUAAUGGAAAGAAAAGUCAUUUACAUUAAGUGACAGAAACUAUAAAUCUGGAGAAAAAAAUCGCAAUUUUAUUUUCAAAAAUACUGAAAAUUGAAUGAUGCUAUGUAAAAGUGCGGAUGAAGAGAUUUCGCCAGUGAGCGAUCACAUACCGUAAAACAACAAGUCUUUCAGGAUGAUCGAGUCAGAAAUGGCUAGUGAAAAAGGCCUCGUUGUACACGGCUUAAACGGCGGCUGACAUAACAGACUCUAGUAUGCUGAUUGUAUUCAAGGAUAACUUCAAAUUUUAUAUUAAUUAAGAAAUUUUGGGGAAAAACAAAUAGCGCCGAGCACAUGUGUCGAUGAAAAGGCCGGAUUUCAUUGGAAUGGUCGCCCAUCAGAAGAUUUUGUUUGUCUAAAAAACCACGAUCUCUUUAAUUAUGGACACUAUGAGUGCGAAGUAAAAAACGUUUAGAGUGAUAUAAAAAGUUAUUAUACAGGGAAUUUUUACCGAACCAAAUAGAAAAUUUCCUGAUUUCAAAGAUACCGAAAUGUGUGGCUGGUAAAGUUUUAUUUGAGUGUACGCAUUACACUACAGGGGCAACGGAACAAAAGUUCGAAAUCAAUCUCUUUUUCUGACGGGCACAACAAUCUGUUUUAUACUUAUAAAUUUUUACGGAACAGCUAGCAGACAUUUGUCAUUCCAAUGACGGUGGUGGCUAAAUAGGCCCAUGAUUUAGCUCUUGUGAUAUCCAACAUGUAAGACAAAAAAAAUUAAAAUAGUUUUGUUACCAAGAAUGGGAAACUUGCCGAUUUUAAAAACCGCAAAAUCGUAUUGAACAUCUUGCCAGACAAAGGGACAAUCGAAAAUUUAAGAACUUUGGCGCCCGGAUAGACAACGAGGAAGCCGAUUAACAACCCAAAUCCCAAAUUUAACUUGUAUCUAUAAUUUUCCACUUGAAAAAGAAUGAUGAGCAAUCACAACCUAAUCAUUACGCAGUUACUUUCUAUUUAGUAGGAAUAAUAUAAUGUUUUCUAUAUUCGAAAUAAACUUCUCAUUUAUAAGUUAGAAACACCUUUUUAAAUCCUAGCUCUUAUCUUAGAUCUUCUCAAGUUCGUUUUCUGUUAUGCUAUUUUUUUUUUUUUUUUUUUGGAACUUACUGCAAUAUCAGGUAUUUCUAGGAAUGAUUUCAUGAGUGGAUUACUCACUUUUAUAAACCGCAGGGUCAUCGAGAGGCGGGCGCCUGGCGCGCUUAUCGUCCGGCGUAUUGCGCAUGUCUUAAAAAUUUUAAACAUGUUACACAUCUCAGUCACCUGUCUACCGCUUCUUAAAGUUCAGCAACCCUGGGAAUAUUGACGAUUCAAUAGUUAGAAUCUACUUUUAAUUAAAAUGUAGGAACCAGAGGCAAUCAUAAAUCAGUCUGUCAUGAUUUCGUGAAUCUUUUAUUAAUUGUGUAGAUUUUUAGAAAAACAGCUUACGUUUUUAUUAAAGCCUUCUUUAAAAUUCAUGGCCUUGUAUUUAAGAUGAUCAAACUAAAAUUAGCUGGACUGCCAAACCACGCCCUAGUAUUUGCACAUCUAAAACGGUGAGCCCCUAAACUGAUCUUUCACGUAUUAUCCUAGUCUCAUGUGAUAUACCAUUUCAUCUGUUCAUCUGCUGAUAAACGCUGUUUUCAACUGAAAAGAGACAACGCUAACAUUUUUAGUUCUUAAGCCCAACAGAAUUUUAACUAAUCAACUAAUUUUUUAUUACUAACUAUUCCAGAUGAGCACUAAAACGGUAACAAAUACAUGUACCAUGCAAGUCGAAUUUUAGCCAUAAAUUGAAAAAAGCUUCAGUAUCGAUAUAAUAGAUUACAUACUAUGAAAUCCUAUUGAAACUUAGGGCUUUGAAACAAAUUUUUUGCCCUCGCACGGCCUGGUACUGUCUUAGCCAAAAGGUCACCAUUCUUAGAAAAAUAUAAAUCAUGUGCCAAAGAUGCCUUAACUUUCGUAACAUGGCGAAGAUUUUGUUUUGCCGGAUAUUCUUAAUACAUAAGAACUUACAAGGAAAAAGUAGUGAGGAUUAAUAUUGCAAAUCUGCAGCUCCCUAUUUCUUGCUUUUUAGUUCUUCUUUGCCAAGUGAUUUGCAAAUAAUAAGCUAAGGUUCGGUUUUAACUGUUUUAAAUUUUGCGAAUCUGGGAUUUGUUGAAGAUCGGGAGCAAAAUUUAAUACCCUGGAACCAUGUGCACCAUAGAGAUUUUACUUUGCAAUAAAGGUAUUGCAAUAUAUUUCUAACCAAAAACAUUGCAAUCCUACAUAACAUAUUGUAGCUCACGUCUGUUAUUGAGUGAUCGACUAGUGCAUUAAACGAUUGAUUUGACUUCAGUCUUUUGGAUUCUCCUGGUCUCAUCAUAACCGUUUUCUCUCCCCUUUUCGAUAUAUUACGAUUUCCUUGCUUGCAAAUAUGAUGUCUUUAUAAUCCCUGCACCUCAAUUUAGUAAUGCACAGUGAAUUGUUUUCUCCCAUGCAUAAGCAAAACAUAUGAAUCCGGGUGAUACACCGCCAGCAGAUCCAUUAAUGGUUGAAAGUUGUUCUAACUUUUACUAUACUUUUCAUAAUUUGCCGUCCAGAAUUGUGUUCACUGGAAGAAAACAUUAUAACUUAUCAGGCAAUGUUGAUAUCAUUCAAUUUCGUUUGGCUAUAUGAAUACCGUUUGUCUAUCCAUGUUCUGUAUUUUUUCAUUUUUUGUUUGCUUAUAUUGGCGUAUUCAACGUAUCACCAAUCUUUAGUUAGUUUCUUAUCAUAACAGAUAAGAGGCGGAGUGCUAAAAGAUAUCAAAACACUACACUAGCCUUCUGCAACCUUCCGGAAGUUCAAGAAAAUCUAUUUAAAGUGAAUGCUACGUAACGGUAGUAAUUAUAUAAAGAUUAUGAAACUAAGCGAAGCGAAUCCCUACGGCCUCUUAAGGCGUAUUUAUUGUCACGUAUAUACACAACUCUCCCGAGGCACAUAUCGUGAAUUUCAAGGCUGAUAUCGUCUUUAUCUUUACUUGCUUCUCAAUCUCAAAGGCUGGGCCCUUAAGGCUUAAAUAUCAAUUUGUAAUUCACGAGCAUGAUCAUACUAUCACGCACACGGAAACCGACUUAUUCUCCCCCUUCGAACUACCUUUGUCGGAUUCUUUUCAUCGUGAUCACGAACGCCAAGCUUUGAAAUUAGAAACGUCGUGGUUAGCUAGUAAUGUUAUCUUUCGAAGGCCUAAACCGGCUAGAAGAUGAAAAAAUGAAAAUAACGAUUAUUUGUAGUAUUUGUGAUCUGCUUAAAACAUGGAAUGUAAAACCUUAGGAAAAUGAACUUGUCUUUCUAUCCUAAAAAUUAUAACAAAGAUGAUGCCUUUAUCUGAGCAUAGCACGGAGGAUUUCAGUCAUUUUUCGAAGGAUUAAGAUACACAGGUUUAUAAGUUGAACUCGAACGUGGUUAAAUAAACUGUUCGCUCAGGAGGAAAAAAACCAUAAUCUAUUCUUGUCCGCAAAAAAAAAGCUUAAGUGAACUACCUUGUAUAAAAAUGAUUCGAGUGAGAAAUUGACGGGUGAGAGAAUUUCAUUUAACUGCAACAGUUAUAUAAAUUCAAGAUUCUGCAAAUAUGGGGAUAGCAAAUGUUUGGCAAAUUGUAACAGUUGCUAAAUAUGUGACCAAAAUAUUUAUGUUUGGAUAUUACAACUGAACAAUAUUGGUAAUUACAGCCUGAAAUAGCUUGUGCCUGUUUUAACCUCUACACUGAAUCACUCUCAUCAACUUGUAGAACACCCUAUAUAAAACAAGUGUUUUUUUUAUGUUCGCGCAUGUGCUCUCUUUGUUUUGAGAUGCAUAUAAAAGCGAGUACUAAAGUAAUCACAUUUUUUUUUUACUUUUCCUCUUCAGUUGGUAUUUCCCAUACCCACCUUUUCCUUUAAACUAAAAUACAUGACAUUAACACUUCUAUAACUAAAGUAAAUUUUAAAAAAAUCUUUUAUAAAAUAUUAGGAAGAAUAGGAAUACAGUUAACCAAAGCACUUCAUAGCAGAGGUCCUUUAAUUCGAAUUUUCCUUAAAAUAGUUUAAUUGUUUUUGGAAAAGGUUACAUGUCAUAGAGGUUUAGUAUCUGACGAUUAAGAGAGUUCAUAUUUCUCAGAAUAUAGUGACUUUUAUUCCCCUUCAUUGUCUAACGACAAAGCACUGAAUAAAGGUAUUUGCCAUCCGAAAGCUUAAGAGGUUAUGACAUUAAGCCCAAACAAAAAAUCAAGGAUUGUAUAAGUCUAUAAUGCUUGGAUUAUAACGAUAUGCAAGGCAUGAACAUUUUUACUUCGCCUUAUGACCGUCUUUAUAUGAUUUGAAAUCAAAUAUAAGAUAAACAGCGCGUUUCAAAGGCUUAGACUUUUUUAACUAACCCUUGCUGCCAAAGAUUUCUAACUAAAUUCGAAUCGAGCCGCGUAAACCUUAAAAUAAAACUUAAUGAAAUUGAUCUGUUUUUUAACUUAUUACAUUCUGAGUUAUUAGGUUUAACUUUUAUCAAUUACUCAUGUUUCGUUUAAUUGGUAACUUUAAAAAGUUUUUCUUUUAUUAUUAGAGCUUAACAGAGGACUCAAAUCGAAACCUUUCGGUUACCUUGUUUAGGGAAUUUAGUAGGUGUUAAACACCCCGGGGGGACUCUUGGGAAUACUUGUUUGAGGGGAGGGCGCAGCUGCCAGCAGCUGUACACAGGCUACCCAAAUUUUAGCGUAUAUGGAAGAUCUUUUAUCUGCAGUAUCUCCAGUAUUAUGUGGGUGUUCACUGUAACUGCAGGCCGUUAGACCUAGGCCAAACGUCCAACUUUUCAUGAGACGAACCAAAUUCAGUGAGGUAAGUUCAUGAAAAGCUCGAUGUUUGGCUCAGUUACUGAAAUUCGUCUGUAUGAGUUUGGAUUGUCCGACACGUAACGGACGAAUAGAACAUCUGAAGAUCGUCUCGGGUACAAUUUUUUCGAUCUUCACAUACGACGAACUAAACUUAUAGAUCAAACAUUUGUAUCAUAAUUAGUAUAUUUAGCUUUAUUCGAGAGAAAAUUUAUUGAGAUUACUUUGGUGGUCUGAUUCAGUUGAUUGGUUCGACGCGUCCUAAAUAAAAGUUCGACUUCUGACCCAACACGACGAUCUUAAAUUAAUUUAGGUCGACUCAAAUUAGAGUUUGGUUCAUCUCAUGAAAAGGUCGACGUUUCGCCUAGACCUUACAUUUUGCUGAUUUCUGUUCAUUCCUCAGGUCUUCUCGGUUUUAUACAGAAGCUUAACACCCAUUUCUACGAGCUACAUCCUUAUGAAGUGCCAUACCGGCCUCAUGUAACUCCUGACGAGGUCAGGAACAGUUUUAAAGCGUUCGAUCCAGCCCCGUCAAGUAUCAAGAAGAUUACAGACACAUCAAAGGCAUUAUUGCAGGAACUCAAGACGAUAAACUUUAAAGCGGAGCUUAUGAAAGCUAGAGAAGUGAAAGCAGUGGCGAAAAUGAAUCAUUUUCUGCAGCAUAGUUUUGGAAAUGUGUAUGAUUUUGACUAUUAUUCAGGUAAAUAAAAAAUCGCGAAUAGUUUAUCUCGUGAAAGCGAAAUGAAAGUUUGUAUCACGAAAUUGUGGCAAAACUGAAGGCGCAUAGGUCAUUUUUUCAAGUUUUUGGAAAAAAACUCUCUUUAUGAAAAUGAUUCUAGAAUUUUCGUAGUCCGCCAUCAUAAGUGAAAAUCAAGUGGUGUUCGUUAAAGUGCCCAUAACCUAAAAAAAAUUAUUUUCUUAUCCGAAAGUUCAUAUUAAGUCAGGAAUUUCUGCGAAAAAAUUUUGCGAUUUGAACAAAACGUGUCUACAUUUCUGUGGCGCACCCGUUCAGCUGACCAUGACAGCUGACCGGCUCAUAUGUGAUGUCAUGUGACGUAGCUUCAGGAACCUCACUUGUCACAUCGUACACAAACGAAAUCUUCACCGAAAUGUCGUCGAAGACUUUAAAAAAUCAUAAAAAAUCAUGUUUUGUUCAAAUCGCAAAUUUUUUUUGCAAAAGUUCCUCUUUAAAUGUGUACUUUCAUAUAAGAAAAGAAAUUUUUUUAGGUUAUGGGCACUUUAAGAUAGACUGGAAUUGCGCCACUAGGCAACGAGAUGUAAAGUUAAAAAUUUGAACCAUUUUUUUGGUACCUCCUCACUUGGGUAGCAAGCGUUUCUGCGCGAGUUGGUUGCUUUCUCGCGUAAGAGUGUCGGGUGGGGGGAUCAGAGACAAUAAUCCUGACGUUAAAGCCUCCACUCGGAGCACCUGACCCCAAAAAGGAGGGCGACGCAUCCUCUGAACGAGUGACCUUUGUCUUUUUCGGCAUCUUGACAGAACUGGUCCCUCGCUAGAAGACUGAUCAUAUUUUUGCUUUUGUUUUCCUUGUUAUUUUAAGGUCAGUGGAUGCUGGGACCCAACCGAUUCUGCUACACGCAAGUCAUCGCUAGGUUACCAUACCAUUUUCGCGCAUUCUUGAAGAAGCUUUCUCCACACACAGUGGAAGACUUGGAGACCAUAAUAGACGCUUUGAAAAGCUUCUCAAGAGGAAUUCGGCAAUAUCACGAAAAUGUCAAACUGGGGGUAAAGACUGGAAUGGUUGGAUCGAUCGAGGAGUGCAAAGUAGGAUUGCACUGUCUCAGCCAGGUCUACCCUAAAAUAGCGGCGGGAUUCAGGGAAGAAGACGUCAUACUAGGAUCCUUUCGAUAUCCCUUUUUGGCUCGUCAGUUCCUAAUGCGAUUUGAAAACGCUUCAGCGAUGUGGUUCAAAAAGCAAGGAGUCCAUUUAGAACAGUCAUUGGUGGAGAGCCUGAUCAGCCAUAUUGGUGUCCCUUUAGCAAAUUUGUUCAAAUACUUGGCGCAUGAUCACUUGAAACAUUGCGUGCCAAGUAAUGCGUCCAGCGGACUCUUCAAUCGCCCGGUUCGUUAUGUGUACAAAAAUGGAGUCCCUAAUGUAUCUGAGCCUGCGAGCAGGCGCCUUCCUACUGGGGAGUUGAUCGAUGGAAAGUCUGGGUACGAGAGAACGAUGCGCUUUUUUACCACAACCAACGACACCGCUGGUGAGUGACGUCACGUUCGCCAUCUUUCCUCUUUUUGAGCAUCUUUUUCGUUUUGAAACCUCAAAGCCACAAAAUAUAAUCAUAUUUAGAAUAACCAGCUUCCUUUUCCAGACGGUAAGGGUCUUUCUCUUAAAGAAAAUCUGGAAAGCGAGAUUAAGCAGAGCAGGAAACCAUCGCAAGUCUGUGCAAUAGAUCUUUUUACCGAUACAGCGGCCAUAUUGAAUUAAUUUGAUUUAAGGAGUAUUAUGGGAUACCCAGGGGGCGUGAGCACAUUUCGUUUGCAUUUUCCAGCGCUUUUCAAGACAUUUUUUCUUAAAGUUUUCUUCGAAUAAGAUUGUAAUGGGAAAAAAGAUCCUUGUGCCGUGUUUGGAUGUAACAACGAUCGCCUUUUUCUAGUACGGUAUUAGAAAUAUAAUCUUUCACUGAAUAUUUCUCGGAAAAGAGGAGAUCAUUAUUACAUCCAAACACGGCACAAAGAUCUUUUUUCCCAUUACAAUCUUAUUCUAAGAAAACUUUAAGAACAAAUGUCCCGAAAAGCGCUCGAAAAUGCAAACGAAAUGUGCUCAUGCCCCCUGGGCAUCCUAUAAUACUCCUUAAAUCGAAUAAAUUCAAUAUGGCCGCCAUAUCGGUAAAAAGGUCUAUUCGACUAGUUAUAAGGCACGUGGUUUGAGGCGAGAAGAGACGUUAAUUAAACGACUGGGGAGAGUAGAAAGUAUGAUCAGUUGAAUAGCAUAGGCAUAAGGUAGAGCUAACGAGGGAGUAAAAGAAAGAGAAUUCAAAUCUUAGUGUUCUUUCCCUUCCCCCUCAAAAAAAUCGCGAUGUUGCAAUUCUCGGAUGACCAGCGAAGAACGAUAAAACAAUCAACAGAAAUAAUGCCUCUAUUCCUCCUCCCUUUCCAAAAAAAACUUAGCUGCUACUCGUUAAGACGAAAGAGCUACUCCACUGCUGUACUGAAUGAAAUCUCCUGCUGUGGAAACUACAAGACAAAUACUGCAAUCAUUUUAACCCUUUUUUUGUUUUUCCUUCAUGUACGCUCAAAGAAUCUGUCCACCAGUUGGGCUGGUCCAUGCUGAGGUCUCUUUAUCCCAAAGCCGUUGACAUCGCAAAGACUUUAACAGGGAAGGAAAACACGAGCGAAGCCGUGAGAUUAUUCCGCCAGUUUAUUCAUUCACCAUCUAUGUACUUCAAUGAAGAACCCUUCCCUAAAAACGAAUCAAAUGAUAAAGCGCACAGAAAGUGCAAUAGCGAAGCAGGUGAGUUUACUCUUUAAUUGUAUUCUCUCCACACUGGUCUCCAUACUUUUUUAUGGUACAGUGAAACCACCGCUUUGCGGAAAUCCUCUUAAUACGAACACCCGUAUAUAACUCAACUCGCCCGAUGUAAGAGAAUUCGGAUCGCGGAAUCCGCGAUAUUUUUGUUUGCGGAAUUUCGGAAUCCUGUGCAUUGGAAUCCAGAAUACAGCUCAGGGAAUCCGGAAUCCCACUAACGAUUGCAAUCCAGAAUCCAAGUUCCACUGACUGAAAAUCUGGAACUAGUACCUGGAAUCCGGAAUCCACGGCGUGGAGUCCACAAUCCUAAACUGUCUUGGAUUCCUUUACAUAGGGCGAUAUAUGACAGUUUAAUUUGUCCUGAUAGAAAGCCCAUAUUAUAUUUUGUGAAAUUACCCCGCUUAACACGGACACCAGGGAAACGGACACUCUUCUGUGCCCCAAGUCAGAAACUUUCAUAUAUCCUAUAUCCUGCUUUACUUACAUUAGUUACCUGCCCUCUGUCUUUUUUAUUGUUACAAUCAUGUGCUAAAUCUAAAUCUAAAUCUAAUACUGUGCAAAUUUCGCACAUGGGAUAUAUGUGCACAGGGAAAGGUGAGUAGUUAUUUAGUCAUAGUAAUGGCUUUUACUGAUUAAAUCGUUAAUGUCUUGAUAUCUUAUGCUAAAUUUAGACAUUGUAUCAAGUUAAAUGAUGAUAAAUUAAUACAAUUUUGUUACGUAAAUACUAGUAUCUGAACCACAAGCACAUUUUUUUCUCUUCAACCUAAACAGGCGUGCCUAAAUAAGUUUAACUGAUACAGCGGAAAAUUUCCAUGUAAGGAAGUCCUCGGCAAUGUAUACGAUAUUGUACACCACCGGAAUAGUUGGAAAGGAACUUCGUUAUAACAUAUAGUGACCUUUUGUGAUCUAUACCAUAACUGAAUUUUUUCUAAUGCUCAUUCUCUGUGUCAUUUCAGGGGCCCGUAAAUUCUGUCCACACCGUUAUGCCGCCAUGCAGCGCUGGUUCGAUUUUUCGCGCAGCACUCUCAGCCAACUAGAACCCAAGCUACUACGGAUGUUUCACUGGCCCCUAGGCCCCCGCAAGACUACUCCUGUCUGCCCAGUUGAGGUGGCCAUAAACUUCACGCCGUCCACUUCAGCUCAGAGUUACACCUCAAGUUCUCGAAGCUGCAGCCAACCGGCUUGGUUCCGAAUGCCUUUCUUUUUAGACCGCAUGGGUCCGAAGUAUUCCGAAUGGACUACGAGCGCUCACGAAGCCAGGCCGGGGCAUCAUCUUCAGUCUCAGGGAUACGUGGAAAAUUUUCUGUAAGAUUAAUAGUCCUUACUCUUGAAAUGGCCCUCUUCGUUAAUUUCAUUCGUUCUAGAAAUGUGAAAGUUCGAAAGUUCGGUGACUAAUUUACAGAAAGAAUUUUUCAUGGUUAUUUCGUGUUUCUGUUUCCUCACAAACGGUGGACCAGCGCCACUGGCGAUCUCUUUUCGUCGCGCGCGCGUCCUUCUCGCCCACCCUCUUUGCAUCUCUCAAUCUCCCCUUUUUUUUCUUUUUUUCAAAGAUUGCCUGCAACCCAGGCUAAGUGCUUAAAUUACUGACUGACCGACCGACAGCAUUUAGCACGAUAGUGACUGACUUAAGUUAUUUUUGCAUAUAGUUCUAUGUAAUAAUUCAUGAAAUGUGUUGUUGUUUAGGGACUGGUGUGGUCCAUUAGUGAGCGCAAUGGUAAAGACCCGAUAUAUUGCUUAUUCAGAGGGUUGGGCUCUGUACGCAGAGAAUCCUCUUAUUUCCAUGGAAACAGGUAAGAUCACACCGACUGUUGUUGUAAGUUUUCGUAUAAAAGUGCAGUUUAACUUGGUUUUGGAUGGGCAAGAUGUGAAAUGGCUAAACUUGAAAAGUUAAGUUGUUUUGUUGUCUAGUGAUCCUGCAACGAAAUCAGUAUUAGACAAUGAAACGCCUUGUUGUUGAUGAUGAUGUUGUUGUUUUGCCUACAUUCUACCAAUUUCCAUCACAAACCAUCUUAACUUAUUCUUACAUCCGCAAUUCCCAAUGGGGUAAGUGGAAGCCCAUCAUAUGUCAAGAAUUUGACCCACGUGAACAUUUGAGUAGACUUCCACGUAAUUUCAGUUUAUGGCCUUCUUACUUCUUUGCUAAGUAACGUCUGUGAGCUUUUCGGGUGGGGAGAAGCGAUGACCGGAAACACGUCAUCUUUCGCAUACUAGAGGAGGUCUAAGUAUACAUAUAUUAGCCAUUUCAGUAACACGCCUCGGCUGCACAGUGCAUAAGAAGAACCAAAAAGUUGUAAUGUAAGGUGCUAUAUGGAUGAUUGCAUAUAUAAGGUACUGGCCUUAUCGAGGGUCGGAUGUGCCCUUUAUAUUCAUAGGCGGCGGAAGCGGAGGGGACUGAGGGGGCUUCAGCCCCCUCACUAUUUUUUGUUGGGGGUAUUUUUAUUUUGAGCCCCCCACUUUUUACUUUGCUCCGCCGCCGCUGAGUACUGUUUGUUAAGUAGGUUUUCAUAUCUGUCUUUCCCUUCUUCCUCAGAUGUAUAUGACGAAAAUCCACUGAGAUUCUAUGGAAUGCUAAAAUGGCAAAUAUGGCGCGCUUUGCGCCUCAUUGUGGACACUGGACUUCACUUCAAGGGCAUGUCACGUGAACAAGCCAUUCAGCUCUUCAGGCAUUAUGCUUGGGACGACACCGACGUGGCGGGAAAAGAGGUGACGCGAUAUCAGAGUGGUCCCGGACAGGCCACCGCGUACAUGAUCGGUCAGCGGGCUUUUAUAGACAUGCGCGAAAAUGCUGAAAGAAGAUUGGGCUCAAAAUUUGACAUACGGGACUUUCAUUAUCACUUACUAUCACACGGACCGGCUCCGCUGAGUUAUAUCACAAAACGAAUUGACAAUUACGUGGAGUGUACAUUAAACAAGACUUAUCCUGAAUGCCGAGGAUAUUUUGCCUUUGAAUACGAGCGAAAGCUUUUCAGUCAGAACCAAGGAUAUAAUGACGGUAUUGAGUGGGAUCACUUAGAGGAAUUUUAUUUUCCUCCCGAGAUUCAUGAAUUUUAAUUCGGUUAGGUGAGUAAAAUUCGCCAACCAAAAACAAGUUUCGUUCACAAUUUCGAAAUUUUUACUCGAAAACAAACAUGUCCAGCGCAAGUCACGGAUAGCCGCGGAUACUCGGCGGGAGGGAAUUUAAGGAAAUCGAAGAAAAUCGAUGGCGUUAUAGCCUUAUUUUUUUUGCUAUUGUCCCAACUUUCUCGAAGAACUCGCGCGGAAGCGCUUGCUAUGCAGACUAAUGGCGUUAGAUCACUCAGUAGUAACCAACCAGGAAACUAUAUUUUUUCAUUAUCGCAGAGUCUUAGGGCUCUUAAUUAUUGUACCUUGCUGUAAGAAAAAGGGGUCAAACGCGACAAUAUCAAAUUAAGAUAUAUAAAUCAAUUAGCCGGAUAAACAAGUUUUAGUAAAAUCCAACUAAUGGUCUGUUAUCAAUGCUGCGUUCUAAUUAGUUGAGCUACUACUAGGCUAUAUGUUACAGCCCAAUGGUAGCGAAAAGCGCCGGCUUUGAAAACCAAAACAUUGGCGGCUGAAUCGCGUUUUGCUAGCUAAAGUUUUUUGGUCUCGAUAUUUUUGACCAACUAAUUGGAUUUUACUAAAACAAUUAUUCCUCCCGCCCCCAUGGCCUUUGAGUCAAUAGCCCAUACGGCCUUUGGCUUCAUGGGCUAUUGACUCAGAACCCAUUCGGGCUCGAGGAAUAAUUGUUAAAUAGCCAUACCUUCUAAAACAGCGGACAGUAAAGAGACAUAGUCCAGUGUCUUCAUGCCCAGAGGUAGCGACCAUAUAAUAUGACUAAGUGACUGCACUGGAGUGCUGCAUUUAGCCAAAAAAAAGUCCCUAUUAAUUUGGUAAUGUUGACUGCAAUAUUUUACAAUUACCAAUUUUACUUGCUGUCAAUAUGUGGCGGUAUUUGAACACAAACUAAUGGACUUUCCGGUUUUCAGGGAAUGACAAUGGGUCGUCAACAAAUCAGCCGUCAUUUUAGCAAUACGGCUUUUAAUUAUCCAAUUGUAAAUAUUCUUCAUCUCUAUUUUAUAGAAAAUUCGAACAUAUGGGAAAAAUAUAGAAAGAGAAAUGAAAUAAAGAUGGUAGAAGUAGGGGAAAAAAUAAAAUUAAGAUCAUAACAAUUUAACUUGACAGUAUGUACC